ACUUUUUAAUUUCCUUAAAGUUUAUUGGAGUCAGUUUUAACUUGUGUAAAAACCCUGGACGUUAUCGUGGCUAGCUCACUAGCUAGCUAUGUUUGUGAAGUAGUUAGCUAGCUAGCUUCGUGUUCCGAGAAGUACAAGACAAGCAAGAAGGGAGAAGGAGAGAGAGAGAGGGAAAGAGGGAAAGAGAAAAGAUGGAGAUGGAGGACGGAGUCCUUUAUCACGAGGACUCGGGGAGUUCCUCCAUGAUGUCGGAGAGGGUGUCCGGCUUGGCGAGCUCCAUCUACCGCGAGUUCGAGCGUCUGAUCAGAAAGUACGACGAGGACGUUGUGAAGGAGCUGAUGCCGCUGGUGGUGGCCGUGCUGGAGAACCUGGAUUCGGUGUUCGCGGAGAACCAGGAGCACGAGGUGGAGAUCGAGCUGCUCAAAGAGGACAACGAGCAGCUGAUCACCCAGUACGAGCGGGAGAAGUCGUUGAGGAAAGGCGUCGAGGAGAGGUACAUGGAGAUUGAGGACUUGCAAGAGCAGGAGAGGAAAGAGCUGCAGGGCAAAGUGACCACGCUGGAAGGCCAAACCAGACAGAUGGAGCUGAAGACCAAGAACUACGCAGAUCAGAUCGGCAGGUUGGAGGAACGGGAAUCGGAACUAAAGAAAGAGUACAAUGCCCUCCAUCAUCGGCACACAGAGAUGAUCCACAGUUACAUGGAGCAUUUGGAGCGCACCAAAAUGCUGCAGCAGACAGGGGGGGAAGCCACGGACACGAGCACUUCCAGCAGACACAGAAAGGAGCGGCCCGUGUCUCUGGGGAUCUUCCAGCUGCAGGGAGGCGACGUAAGGACCCCCGAGUCACAGAGGGAGCACGUCGCGACUCAAGGGACCGAUGCAUGGAGGUUCAACGACCUGAGUCAUCCUCACUCCAACACCAGCCUCAAGGAUGAACUCUCAGACGCUAAUCAUGGAGGUUCCACGCCAAAAUCCACAGCGCACCCGGGCGCUGUCUCGACGUCCGUAGUAGUGUCCCAGGCCGCGGAGACGGAGGGACUGAACAGGAACCUGGACUCCAGCAGCAGGAAGCCAUACAGCAGCAAGAACAUUAAAGUACAGGAAGCGGUAGCAACGGAGGUGUGUCCUAAAGAUGUCCUUGAGAACGUGGAGAAAUCAGAGGUGCAGGCGAUUAUCGAGUCGACCCCUGAACUUGACAUGGACCUGAGUGGCUGCAAAGGCUCCAGCACUCCUACCAAGGGGACAGAGAACAUGGCUUUUGACCGCAACACUGAUUCCCUGUUCGCGGAGCUCUCGUCAGCAGGCACGGACUUUAUCGAAGAUGUAGAUGAGGGUGCAGAUCUGCUGGGAAUGGGACGUGAAGUGGAACACCUCAUCCAGGAGAAUGCGCAGCUUCUCGAUACAAAAAAUGCUCUUAAUGCAGUGAAGAAUGACCUAAUUGGACGUGUGGAUCAGCUGACCUGUGACAAUGAGGUCCUACAGGGCGAGAUGAAAGUCCUUAGUCAGGCAAAGGACAAACUGGAGGAGAAGAACAAGGAGUUGGAGGAGGAGAUUAAAAGGGUUCGGGCGGAGCUAGAAGAGGCCAAGCAGAAGACGAAGGAGGAAGAUGAUAGUGACGUUCCCACAGCCCAGCGCAAACGAUUCACACGGGUAGAGAUGGCCCGAGUGCUAAUGGAGAGGAACCAGUACAAGGAGAGACUGAUGGAGCUGCAGGAAGCUGUAAGAUGGACGGAGAUGAUCCGGGCCUCCAGAGAGAACCCAACCCUGACUGAGAAGAAAAAAUCCAGCAUCUGGCAAUUAAGUUUCAGCAGGCUCUUCAGUUCGUCGUCCAGCGGUGCCGCCAAAAAGCCGGAGGCUCCUGUUAACGUUAAGUACAACGCCCCCACCUCGCACAUUGUCCCCUCGGUUAAGAAGAGGAGCAGCACCCUUGCUCAGCUACCCAGCGACAAGUCAAAGGCGUUUGACUUCCUCAAUGACGAUCCGGAGGUGGAAAACAUCGUGUCACGUAGGGAGCAGAAGAGAGCGCAGUACCAGCAGGUGAAAGCCCAUGUCCAGAAAGAAGAUAGCAGGAUACAGGCUUAUGGCUGGAGUUUGCCUCAGAAAUAUAAGGUUUCCAAUGGUGCACAGGGAGACACUAAGACGAAGAAUUUACCAGUGCCUGUGUACCUCAGACCUUUGGAUGAGAAAGAUGCUUCCAUGAAGCUGUGGUGUGCUGCAGGGGUGAACCUGUCAGGGGGAAAGACCCGUGACGGAGGUUCUAUUGUCGGCGCGAGUGUGUUUUAUAGAGAUGUCUCUUCAGUGGAGAGCGGCAGCCUGAGCCCCCGACUUGCAAGAGGCUCUCAGAGCAGUUUAGACAAACUGGAGCAGGAGCUCAAGGAGCAAGAGAAAGAGCUGAGGCAGCAAGAUGACUUCUCCAGUCUGGUAUGGAUCUGCACUAGUACUAACACCACCUCCAAGGUCAUAGUGAUUGAUGCCAACCAGCCUGGAAAAAUCCUGGAGAACUUCUUUGUCUGUAACUCUCACUUGCUUUGCAUUACCAGUGUCCCAGGUGCCCGGGAGACUGAUUACCCUGCUGGUGAAGAAGUACCUGCAAACAGCAAUGCAGGUGGGGGUGAGGGGGCACUACAGACUGGCACUGCAGCAAACAGCAGCUCUGCCGGCUCUGAGCACGGUCUGGAUGGUAUCAUUGUGGUUGGCUGUUCUGUCGAAGGAGCUGUUGCGGUUCCCCAAACUGCAGGCACAGACUCGAUCGAUGGCGAUGUGUUAGAGCAGGUCGGAGUGGCUGCACCUGAAGAAGCUAUGGAGGCCACGGAGAGCAGCAACACCACGCCUGCAGAGGACGGCCAGUCUGGGAUCUACACUGAACAUGUGUUUACGGACCCUCUGGGAGUUCAAAACAAUAGGGACACACUGUCCUCUUACACACAGAGGGAAUGCGAUCUUGUGAAGGACGGCGUGAGUUCAAUGCCGGACGAGCAAGACCUGAUGAGGGAGGAGGCGAACAAAAUGAGCAGCGUCUUGCCCACUAUGUGGCUCGGGGCUCAGAAUGGCUGUAUCUAUGUCCACUCGUCUGUCGCACAGUGGAAGAAAUGUCUGCACUCCAUAAAGCUGAAGGAUUCUAUUUUGGGGAUUGUACACGUGAAAGGAAGGGUUUUAGUGGCCUUGGCUGAUGGCACUCUAGCAAUAUUUCACAGAGGAGUAGACGGUCAGUGGGAUCUGACGAACUACCACCUGCUGGACCUGGGUCGGCCGCAUCACUCCAUCCGCUGCAUGACGGUGGUGCAUGAUAAAGUGUGGUGUGGGUACAGGAACAAGAUCUACGUGAUCCAGCCCAAAGCUAUGAAAAUAGAGAAGUCCUUUGAUGCCCACCCUCGGAAGGAGAGCCAAGUGCGGCAACUAGCCUGGGAAGGAGACGGCAUCUGGGUGUCUAUCCGUUUAGAUUCCACGCUUCGACUGUUCCAUGCACACACUUACCAACAUCUGCAGGACGUCGACAUCGAGCCAUACGUCAGCAAGAUGCUGGGUACUGGUAAACUCGGCUUUUCCUUUGUGAGGAUCACUGCUCUGAUGGUCUCGUGUAACCGCCUGUGGGUGGGGACGGGAAACGGCGUCAUCAUCUCCAUUCCCCUCACAGAGACGAAUAAAGUCACCCAGGGAACCCAGUCUAACCGGCCGGGCAGCGUGAUCCGUGUCUACGGCGACGAAAACAGCGAUAAAGUGACGGCGGGUACUUUUGUCCCGUUCUGCUCCAUGGCCCAUGCGCAGCUCUGUUUCCAUGGCCACCGAGAUGCUGUCAAGUUCUUCACUGCUGUUCCAGGCCAUGUCGUCCCAGCUGCUGGAGCAGGAGGCGAGGCAGGCACUGACAAGCCGGCAGCAGACUCGCCCACGCCAGAGUUCUCCAAGUCAGUGCUGGUUAUGAGCGGUGGAGAAGGCUACAUUGACUUCAGAAUGGGCGAUGAAGGAGGUGAGGGUGAGGACCUGAACGAACCCACUCUGAAACUGCAGCCCUUCCUGGCGAAAGCCGAGCGCAGUCACCUAAUAGUGUGGCAGGUCAUGAUCCACGAAGACUGAGCUUAAAAGGCUUUACACUCGGGCAGCCAAUCGGCAGCGGACAUUUAAAAAGCAGAUUGACCUUUUUGUGUCUGUUCUUUUUCGCUUGAAGGGACACUGUUAUUGCGUCCAGCUAUCAGGAAUUAGUCUUUUGCACAUACACUGUUGUGGCAAUAGGAGUCACGAUCCUGCAAACCCACAAACACACACACACACCUAAACAAAUGGAUCCAUUAAUCCAUACAAAGCUGUGACAGCGGCCCGGGUGCGAUCAGUCUGGACAAUCCGACGGGGGAAGUUCGUCCAUUUGAAAAGUUCUAUUCUAGCCAGGUUUGCUUUCUUUCAUGUCCCCCCCAGAGUUCACAAAACAGCUCCCAUCUGUCACAGCGAAAUCAAGAUAUCCGUCAGCACAGUGCUCAAGUCGAUGAUUAUUAAUCAGAAUACCGCGUUCUGUGUAAAUAGCUGGUGUGAAGUGGCUGGAGGGCGAAACGAUCGCACAGCCAAACGAACCCUUCUUAUGAAAUCGCUGCUCCUGGGCUAAGUCACGGCUUGCAGAAAGCUUGCAUGCCCCAGUGCCUGCUCUUGUCUUUAGGCUGCUGUUGCUGUGCUCUAAAUCGACCCGCAAUUCUUCAACUUCUUCCCAGAUCGAGUCGAGCGUUUUUUCUCAAAACAGCGUCUUUGUCUGUCGUACUUUUACACAUACACUGUUCCUGUGAUCACAGAAAGAGUUGAACGAAUGACAGAGUAUCUAUUUAUAUAUUCACGUUCGGUUUACCAAAGGAAUUCAGAUCAUUUGUAGUAGUUUUGUAUAAGGGCGCGGUCAGAUCACGUCCAGCUGUAAAUAGGAAGUCGUAGUCGUCUAAAAGGAAACCCGUUAUGCAAUAUUGUUAGGAUCAUGAUCUGGUCAUAGGCACAGUGGGGGAUUUUUAUUUCCACUGCUUGGUUUCCUUAAUAGAGCAUCUCUCUCUCUCUCUCUCUCUCUCUCUCUCUCUCUCUCUCUCUCUCGUAGAUUUAAAUGCCUAUUUUUAUGACACUUUUGUACCUUUUUUGUCUUUUAGCCUCUAACCACAGGCCUCUGUAAUGCGUUAAAAGAAUUGGCUAACAUGUUCUGCUGCUGUUAUGCUAGUGUUCGGGGUGUACUGGAGGGCUUCGUCUGCAGUCGCUCCUCUUCUCCACGAGACGUGACGCGACUUCACGUUGCAACUUUAGCCAUCUCAGUAUUUAUUUCUACGAACGAGCCUUUGCAGAAACGAAUGUAACUUUGUAUGCUGAAUAUAAAUUUUAUCUGAAAUAUAAAUACUGUACAUGAAACAAAUGAAGUUGGCGUGGAUUCAAAUUAGCAUCGGGUAUUCGAUACCGUUACUCGAACGAUAGGAAUGAUUAACCCUAAAAUUGUACCUUCACUGAGCUAUGCACUAUUUUAUAAACAGUGUGUUUUUGAGACUCGGCCGGCGUGUUUGUGUCGUGACGGCUGUUUCGAGAGUGUGUGCUGUGUAUGAAGAGUUGUGUGAAUGUUGUACUGUGAUCCUCCACGCCACAUUUUCCAGGUCAGGGUGUGUGAAGAUGGGAGUGGCUGUAACUGUACCACUCGAAGCCCAAAUGCGGGUUAGAGCGUCUGUAAAGGGUCGUAUUCCCGCUCAAAGCAUAGCCUUACACUCUUUUGCUAUUAAACUGACAUUUUCUGGAAAUGUGUGUGUUACUUCCUUCUUCCUUCCCAAUUUUGACCUAUUUUACCUUAAGCGCAGUGUUGGACCGUAAUAAAGUAAUGCGUUACUGUACUUAA